AAGGCGCGGUUACCCUGGUUUUUACGGACACAAAAAACCCUAUGCCACACUUAUCUCUGCAAAUUCAAAAUAUACCAAAAAGCUACAGCAAGAAGAUAAUGGCGGUGUCCUUGGGGUUAUUCUCGGUAUUCUCGACCGGCGAAACCGCGUCGUUUGCAAAAUCAGCUUCCUUCUCCUCAGUUAGGCUUGCGGCUCCGCUUGCUGCUCAUCAUACUAUCCUGCGCACUGUGCGGACGGUCACCUUCGCGACGGCUUCUAAGCCGGCUGCAGAGCCGAAGAAGCGUGAACCUAGGGGGAUUAUGAAGCCGCGUCGAGUAUCGCCCGAAAUGCAGGCUUUCCUUGGUGGCAUGUCUGAGGUUCCUCGAACUCAAGCCCUCAAGUUGAUUUGGGCACACAUCAAAGCGAACGACCUUCAGGAUCCUCAAAACAAGAAGGUCAUAAUUUGCGAUGAGAAGUUGAAGACAAUUUUUGGAGGAAAGGAGCGUGUUGGGUUCCUUGAGAUUGCCGGUUUGAUUAGUCCUCACUUUCUUAAAUGAUCUAAAGGAAAGCCUAGAAGGGAAACUUCUUUUUUUUGUAAAUUAGGCUUUACUAGGAAUCGUGCUGCUUUAUUAAUUAGCUUAUCUAAACAUCUUUGGAGGCGCCCUAACCUACGAAGAUCACUCUUUUGUGAAAGUUUUGAUUUUGGUAUUCAGAUCUACAUAUGAAGGUUUGCCGAUGCUAGAUUAGUAGCCAGUGGAUUGUCAAUCAUAAACAUAUUGCAGCUUUAUAUGCUGUAUGCUAUGCACGGGGCAUAUUUAGAACAAGUUUCGGCUUGGCUGCUGCACUUACUGAACUUUGAUAAGGUCAAAUGUACUGAAUAUUAGGGAUUUUUCCCUUGCAUAUGCAUAUGACAAUAUCCAGUAUAAUUUCUAUGUUUGAAUGAAGUUUGUGAAA